CAUGACGUCACAUGAGGAGGGAGGGGGAGGGAUCCCAUCAUGGCGUCAAUGCAGGUGAGUGCUGCGCGAAUUCAUCUUACCCGGCUGCCCCCUCACCCUCUGUCCCCCCUCCCGGUCAAUCAGGUUAAUGUCGGCCGCCGGUUUGUGUCCCUGGGUGAGGCUCCUGCUCCCAGCCCUGGCUGGCACUGCCUGCCCUCGCUCUGCCCGGGUGCCCUUCACCUCCAUGUAACGCACUGCCACCGCCGGACUACAACUCCCGUGAUGCUCUGCCAUUCUAAACCUGGGCAGGGCAUGAUGGGAGUUGUAGUUCUCCGUCACUGUACCCUUAUAGGGGUCCUCUCCAACCGUCAGCCCACACGGUGUGAGCCCGCCAGCCCCUGCCCUGGGAUAAUGCUCACAGAGGAGAGCUUCGUGGCCAUAAACCAUGACCUCAGGCCCUCCUGCUGACCUUUAGCAGCCAUUACCAGUCAGCCAGCUUCCUAUAAUGGUACCGAGUCUGCCCUGUCACCAUGCAGCCUGACUGCCUGCCUGCCUGUGGGGAUCUCCAUUGUCCUCAUUCUGUCACCCCAGGACAGGACAUCAGAUAAAUUACCCAACUCACAAAGCAUCAUGGGAGUUGUAGUUCUACAACAGGAGGCAAUCUAUCAACCAUUAGCCAUGUUAUCAUUGUGAGCCUCCACUGUCCUUUCCUUUGUCCUUCUGUCACUUAAUCUGUUAGUGUAAGGGUGGACAAAAGAUAAUACAACUCCCAUGGUGCUUUGCUAGGGUAAGGGUGGACACAAAAGAUAAUACCCCACAAAAGAUAAUACCCCCAUUGUAGAAUAUAACUCCCAUGGUGCUCUGCUAGGGCAAGGGUGGACAAAAGAUAAUACACCCAUUGUAGAAUACAACUCCCAUGAUGCUUUGCUAGGGUAAGGGUGGACACAAAAGAUAAUACCCCCAAUACAACUCCCAUGGUGCUUUGCUAGGGCAAGGGUGGACAAAAGAUAAUACACCCAUUGUAGAAUACAACUCCCAUGAUGCUUUGCUAGGGUAAGGGUGGACACAAAAGAUAAUACCCCCAAUACAACUCCCAUGGUGCUUUGCUAGGGCAAGGGUGGACAAAAGAUAAUACACCCAUUGUAGAAUACAACUCCCAUGAUGCUUUGCUAGGGUAAGGGUGGACACAAAAGAUAAUACCCCCAAUACAACUCCCAUGGUGCUUUGCUAGGGCAAGGGUGGACAAAAGAUAAUACACCCAUUGUAGACUACAACUCCCAUGAUGCUUUGCUAGGGUAAGGGUGGACACAAAAGAUAAUACCCCCAUUGUAGAAUACAACUCCCAUGGUGCUUUGCUAGGGUAGGGGUGGACACAAAAGAUAAUACCCCCACUGUAGAAUACAACUCCCAUGAUGCUUUGCUAGGGUAAGGGUGGACACAAAAGAUAAUACCCCCAUUGUAGAAUACAACUUCCACAAUGCUUUGUCAGUCUAAGGCUAGCAAAGCAUUCUGGAAGCUGUGGUUCUGUAAUAGCUGGAGUUCUACAUUUUGGCAGCAUUUACUUAAUAUAUUUCGCUAACUUUUAUGGUGUCCCCUUCCUCCAUCCUGCAUAUAGGGCUAGGCUCUGCCUGCCCUACAAGUUGUUGAGUAUAUGUUAUAGCACAGUUGUCACAGUUUCUCUAUUUACCUUUGAAGACAGCAAUGAGGAAGUUACAUUUAAUAAUGCUGCAGUGUUCGUGUUUCAAGCAUAGACUGAUGAGUACAUGGACAUGCGUAUAAGAGAGCUACCACCAACAUGAUAUGUUUACAAUACUAAUCAUUUUGAAUGCCAUGAGCAUCAUUAAUGCCAGUCAUUGUCUGGCACUUAAUGGUCUAUGUAAAAUAGUGUUUUAGAAGCAAGGUUAGUUAAGUAAUCGAGUUUAAAUAAUUUGUUUUUAAAUUAAUGCAUGCCAUUAGCUGAGAAGUUAAAUCAAGUCAUGACCCUAUUAUUUGCGAUUUCAUAUUCGUAUUCUUUAUGGUUGCAAAUGUUGAGAUUGCUGAACAUCUGCUGAUAUUGCCUGCUAUCCAAGCAUCCAUUGUUGAUUCUGAUUGUUUUUUCAUUUUAGAAGUGGUAGGGGAGGAGGAUGGAAAACAAAAAUAUUAAUUUAGUUCUAUAACGCAUUCUUAUAUCCCAUGCCAUCUGAAAUGGUUUCUGAUCUUUACACAUAACCUGCCUUAAAAAAUUUCAUUUCCUUUGGUAGAAUUAUUUACUUCUGUUAACCCGUCUACAAUAUGUAGCUAGAUAUGAAAAAAGUGUGUAUGUGUGUGUGUAUAUAUUUUUUUGUUUGUUUGUUUCUAACACACAAUAUGGUUUGUUUUGCAUUUGUCAGUGAUUGGAUGGUGUAACAGAUUUUUCUGAAAUGUGUUUCUUGCAUUUUUCUGUACGAUAUUUUUUUGUUAUAUUAAAAAAAAAAAAAAAUACAUGCAGAUUGCUUUCUCUCCAAUCAUCAACCACUUUUAUUUGGCAUUUGCUUUGGAAUGUUACAUUUUCAGUUUGGCAAUGCAGAUUAAUGAGUAAAAAAGUCUAGAGUCCCUUUGUCACUAAACAUGAUGCACAACUGCAGCAAUUUGCUAAAAAAAAAAAAAUCGCUGUAGUUUUAAUAGUGCUCCAUGUACCUUUGAUAUCAAAGGAAAUGGCUUAUUCAACCCUUCCUGUAAUCCUAUGUAAUGAGUGGAAUUGUGGCUGGAGACUAAAUGUACAAUCCCAUAAACACCUGCCAUAUCCCUUCAGAUAUUUGCACAUACUAAUUUAUUAUCAGUUGAAACCAACUUUCUGCUUUCAUAUUUUAGGCACUUACCUGCAUUUACCAUUGUGCCAAUUAAAAAAUGUGGAAAUCAUUCUUGAUUGAUUUUUUUUGCUCAAUUAAAACAUUUCCCCAUAAAUGUAAUAGUUAAAUGGACACUGCUCAGUGUUAAGUGUUUUUUUUUAAGCAGUUUACCCCUAAAUAUGUGUCACUGUCCACCCCAGCCCCUGCUGGAGGUAUGGCUAAAACACUUCCUUCUAUCCAUAUCAAUUUAUACCAGAAAUGGUUGCUGUGAUAGGCUGAAGGCACUAAGUUUACAUUCCCAGUCAAUCCCAGCCAUCAUUUGCUGCUUAGGCUAUUGCUGAGUCCCAGCAGCACAGAGGGGAUAGGCUGCUUGGGACUCUCAUUUUGCAUUAACACUAAAAAUGGUUAAAUACUGAAUAGGCACUAUAAUCGGUGCAAUGAGAUGAAGCUGUUACACUGCCUACAGUGUCCCUUUAAGGGCAAGUUGAGAGUAACUAUAGUUUCAAAUUAAUGCCAGAAUACUAUGCUAGUAAAUAACCCUGUUUUUUUCAUGAGUACCUAACUUUAUGUACUUUAAAGUAAAUUUUAGGCAUUUUUCACCACCCUUUUUCCUGCAAAGGAACAUGAAUUUGGUUCAUUAAUAUGUACCUUAUCCUCAGGUGCUAUAAAUAUGUCAACCAGUGCCUAAAGCAACAUUCUAUGAACUAUUGUUUUCAGUGACAUUUCCAUAGAAACUUUCUGUGCUAGAGUCUGUUUAGACAUGCUGGGACUUAUUAACUGAACAGUGAACUGAGUGUGAAUUGAAAGCCGAAUUGCAAAAUUCGGCUACAGCUAAUUUGGACAUUUUUUUUUCAGUGCACCUUUAAAUUUUCCAUGGAAAAAAAAACUAAUUUGACACAGUUCAGUUAAUAAACCUGCACUGUUGUCAAACCUGAAUUUCUGUUAUACAAGUCGCUUUGCUUGCAAAAUGGCAUGGAUUUCAAGAGUUCUUUCUUGCUUAUCUAAUUCACCAAGUAAAAAGUUGGGAUUGUUACAAAACAAGGUUGACAUGCAGGUGAUGAGGCUCCUGGUCAAAUGAGCUUACAGGCUAAAUGUGUAGAAUUACACAAAAUUUGAAAGUGCAGUCUGUCCAGUGAGAAGAUUGAUAACUCAGUGUAUGAACAAGGCAUGUCAGGUAAACAUGCUUUUGACUUAUGUAGAUAAGACUCGUUUCCCUCCCACCCUCGUGGCCCCCCUCCCGUUGGGCUCAAACCACCAAUGAGAAUCGUGGAAGCGGCCUCUGGUGUUUGUCAGUGAGACAGCCACUAGAGGCUGGAUUAACCCUCAGUGUAAACAUAGCAGUUUUUCUGAAACUAUGUUUUUAGCUGUAGAGUUAAAGGGAAACUCCAGUGCCAGGAAAUCAAUCCGUUUUCCUGGCACUGCAGGUCCCCUCUCCCUCACACUCCCCGGUUGCUGAAGGGGUGAAAACCUCUUCAGUCACUUACCAGAGGCAGCGACAUGUCCCACGUCGCUGCUUCAUCUUCUGCGUCGCUCCUCCCUCUGAUUGCGUCGGCCGGUGGGCGAGACUGAUCCCGCCCACCGGCCGGGGAGACCUAAUGCGCAUGCGCGGCAAUGCCACACAUGUGCAUUAGCGCUCCCCAUAGGAAAUCAUUAAAAAUGCAUUUCAAUGCUUUCCUAUGGGGAAAUGAGCGACCCUAGAGGUCCUCACACAGCGCGAGGACGUCCAGCGACGCUCUAGCACAGGUUUCCUGUGCUAGAAACCAGGAAGUGCCCUCUAGUGGCUGUCUAGUAGACAGCCACUAGAGGUGGAGUUAACCCUGCAAUGUAAUUAUUGCAGUUUAUAAAAAACUGCAAUAAUUACACUUGCAGGGUUAAGAGUAGUGGGAGUUGGCACCCAGACCACUCCAAUGGGCAGAAGUGGUCUGGGUGCCUGGAGUGUCCCUUUAAAACUAGAGGGACCUGUUACCCAGACCACUUCAUUGAGCUGAAGUGGUCUUGGUGCCUAUAGUGGUCUUUUAAGCCAAAUCUGUCCCUUAAUGAAAAUUUGCUAAUAAAGUCCCUAAUAAGGAAUAAAUGGAUGAGGCAGUAUUUCAUCCAGACACACUUUAAAUUUCUCCAUCCCUCCCUUCUAUUCGAAUCUGUUUGAAAUUGUCCACAAAGUGUUUUCAAGAAUACCAGCUGGUGCAUUGAAAUGUUUUGAAUAACUGCUCUGUUGUCAAUGUCUAAAUUUUGUAUGUAGGGUUCCCAGUUCUGGCAAAAAUUUUAAACCUUAUGUUGGGAAGUUUUGAUCUAGGAAAGUGAUAAAUAGGGGGUGUAACCUAUUUACAUCAUGCUUCAAGUGGAUCAGUGGUAAAAUUUGUAGCUGGUUAAUUGUUUGUUUGAUUUUAAGGAAGAGUAUGUAUUUUAAGUGGCAUGCCCUACCCAAGAUAGUGAGGGGAAAAUGCUUUUAUCCCUGGAGCUGAGCUCCAAAUUGUUGCAGAACUGUGGAGAUAUUAGUUUAUAUAGGUCAUUUUCCGAUCUAGGAAUCAAGGCUCACGGGUAUUUUAUGUGAAUUUCGGACCAUUAAACAGUGUUUAGUAUUGGUGAAGUUUGUUGUGGGUGGAGUCUGAGGCCUCUCUGCAUAUUUAGUUUUCCAAUGGCUUGCAAAUCUUGUAAAACAGGAUUGGGUGCCUACCCUAAGGAAAACUGCAGACAACACUACAAACUAUAGAAAAUAGUCCAAAAUAUCCGAUUCAUCCCCCGUCCCUCUUUAUACAGCUAAUAUUGUACUUUUAGUUUUUAAUAAAUUGUUUGAUAAGUAAUGUUUCACAAUAGCAAAUCACUUACAGGUGGUCAAGUGAUAAAACCAAUAAAGAGAAAUAUACUCAAUAAAGGCAGUUAAAAGAAAUAAAAACAAUGUUAAAAGUUAUCUAUACUAAAUGCAUUGACUAGAUAACUAUAACAUUUACUUUUAAUUCAGGUGUUUGGGAGAAGCAAGUGAUAUAAUCUUGUGUAAUUAGUUUUUCAGUUGGUUUGUGGUUUAUUCUUUUAAAAUAUAUAUUUUUAAAUGUUAUAUACAAAAAAGACAAGAGUAUACAUAAGGAAAUAUUGUUUGGGGGCAGCAAUUUGCAACAAAGUAACCAGAACCAUUUCUAUGACUGCUGUAGCAUAGUCAUGAAAUCCUUUGAUAGCACUGCAUGGUGUCUGCUCCAGUAUUAAAAAGGUGUGUUUGUGUGUGUGUGUGUGUGUGUGUGUGUGUGUGUGUGUGUGUAUAAUGUUUCUCUUUGAAAUAGCUGACAUUUGAGUAUAAUUAUAAUUGCCAUGUAGUGUUAAGUAUACUCUGGCAUUCAGAAGUAAAACAGCCCUGUUUACCACUAAUGUGAGGGUGGACCAUGUCCACUUAAGGUAACUAAUACAUUUUCAUCUUAACAGAAAUUCCAUAGAUAGAGAUACUUACGUGAAGUUUGCUUGAGCCACUACAAAUAUGGAUGCUUCAACGGUAAGGGCAGAGAUCUUAUAUUGAUUUUUCAUGUAAUAAUAGAGACCAAAAAAUAGCUUUAAAGACAAUCUGUGAUCUGUCUGAGAUUUACACCAUUGAAUUAAAUAUUGCAAAUCUCCAAUGUUAACCUUUUUUAAAAUGAGAUACACUAUUUUCUUUUGAAUGUAUAUAUGUAAAAACAAAAGCAAAUGACAUCAUAAAUUAGUUUAGAGAAUUCAAAUGCUGAAGAGAAAUAAAAACAUUGUUUUAUUGGUCCUCUACUCUGUUUUUUGUAUGCUGACUGACCAGUGCAAGAACAGUUUAUAACAAUGGUUGACAGUGAUCUAAAAUGGAGGUGUAGUUUCAGGAUAAAGACGUGAAUUUCUACAUUCGACCUUUUGUUUUCACACCUUGUAAAUACAUGUUUCUUAAAAUGUAUUUAUAAGUAAACAUAACAUUAAAAAAAACCUCGGAAACUAUAGUUCUGCGUAAAGAUUGACAAUUUUAGUGAUGUGUGAAACAGUUCAUUAAAAUAAAAUGUAUGAAUCAAUAUAGACUAUAUCUAAGCAACAAUAAUAUUUUAGGAGAGUUAGCCCCUCCUUGUCUUUGGUAUUUUGGAGCUCAAGGAUCUAUGGAUGUAAUAUAUAUUUUUGGAAAUGUUGAACAAUUGUAUGUUUGUCCUUUUUUUCCCCUGAUAUUAUGUGACUUACAACUAGCAGAUGACUUUACCAUUUGUGGUAUUGUAUCAUUCAUAUGUAACUACAGCUGACUGGCUGGAGAGAUCUCUGCAUGCCAUCUUUUGGGGAAAAAAGUAACUAUGCUUUUUGAGAUUUGCCCCUCCUGUUUUGUUUGUUUGUUUGUUUUUUAUGGUGCUGUAGGUUUGUAUUUCUUCUAAACUGUAUUCUCUGCUUUAUAUUUAAUGCUAUCACACAUGACUUUUGAGUCUGCUUUGCAACCCUCAAUGUAUUAACUAUUGGAGAUAGUAGGGCUGUGUGCUGCUGAUGGUAAAUGUAAACUGGGUUAACCAAUCUGAAGAAAUCCCAGGACAAUUUCUUUUUGUCUUACAUAUGAACAAAAUUUCACAGGGCCUGAUGAAACCUUUGCUUCUUGUGUCCUUAGUGGAUUGCAUGUACAAAUUCAUGAGACAAGCAUGUGAAUGAUUGCAAAAUAUUGCAUAAACAGAGCAUUAAAAUAUUUUAUUCGAACAGGAGAAGCGUUUUAUUGAAUGAAGGCAGAUCUUGUUAUAAUAACAAAAUAUGGCGCUCACAGGAAGAAAACAUUUAAAAAAAGGAAAGAAGUUACCAUUUAAAAAAUAUACAUUCACAAAACUCUGUAUGUUUUGAUAUACUAGGAUUUUUCAAAGUACUCAUUACAAAAGGGUAAAUAGAAAAUAUACUAGUAAAUAGAAAAAAACGAUUGAGUAAAUAAAAAAGCAGAGAGUGCAUUUUUUUAAAAUUAAAAAAACUAAAUUUUGCAGGAAUAUUUGAAGGAAAUAAGUAUUUAUCACUUCCAGCACCACUCUUCCUCUCCUUAUUGCAUUCUUAUUUCUCAGCCUUUGUCAUUGAUUUAAUUUUUUUUUAAAUACUAUUUGCAUCUAGUAUUCCUCUUUACGUUACAGGAUAUUGUUAAGGCAAACUAUCCUCAGUAGAAGUCUGCACACAGUAGGGAGCCUAUGUAUAUAUUUAGCUGUCGUAGAAACCAUUGUUAAUCGCAUUGUAUUACAACUCUGCAUUUGCAAAAGCAUGGGAUCAUGUGUUGAAGUAUAGUCUUCUUGUUAACAAACAAGUACAUAUUGCCUUAAAGACAGAUUGCAAUAUUCCUUAAAUGUGUUACUGUGCCACAAUUUGAUAAGGAAAUUGUAUUUUAAUUACUUUAUUUUUCUCUUUUAAUUUCUAAAACUUCUGUAAAAUAUAUUUGCAUUUUGUAUUGCCUGGCUCAAAACGUUUGUUGUCUGUACCUACUGUAUGUUAAUGUGACAUUAUAAAGGAUUUUGUUAACACUAUUAGUCCUAUCUUGAUUUUUUUAAGUGUUGUCAUACCAACAUUAGACAAGGAAAUUCAUAUAAAAUGUGACACGGGCAUUGGACUGAUAACAAAAAAAGCACUAUUGUCAUCUGAGGCCUAGGAAUGUGUGAGGCUGGAGAAGCCUUAAUCUCUUAUUUUCUAUAGGGCUCAACUUGCCCAGACUCUCAAAUUGAUGUCCCCACAAGGUGGUAAUAGUUGGGUGGAGAUUAAAGGAUCACUAUAGGGUCAGGAACACAAACAUGUAUUCCUGACACUAUAGUGUUAAAACCACCAUCUAGCCCCUUGGGCCCCUCAUGCCUCCAUAAAUAUAGCAAAAUCUUACUGUAUUCAAGCCUGAAGCUGUAACUCUGUAUGCUGUUUGCCUCAUAAAAACAAGCUGUCUGCUGACAUCAUCAGAAGUGGAUGCCUGAUCCAAUCACAAUGCUUCCCCAUAGGAUUGGCUGAGACUGACAAAGCGGCAGAUCAGGGGCAGAGCCAGUACAAUUCAAACACAGCCCUGGCCAAUCAGCAUCUCCUCAUAGAGAUGAAUUGAAUCAAUGAAUCUCUAUGAUGAAAGUUCAGUGUCUGCAUGCAGAAGGUUAAGAUACUGAAUGUUUGGAUGCAUUUUAGGCAGCUAUGACCCAGGAAGGAUCUCUAACAUCCAUCUAAGGAGUGUCCAGUGAAGUUAUCAUUAGGCUGUAAUGUAAACCCUGCAUUUUCUCUGAAAAGACAGUGUGUACAGCAAAAGGCCUGAAGGGAAUGAUUCUACUCACCAGAACAAAUGCAAUAAGCUGUAGUUGUUCUGGUGACUAUAGUGUCCCUUUAAUUUCAAAAUGCAAGUCGGUUAAGAUGUGAAAUGGGAAUGCAAAGAAUAGCAGCCGAAGAGCUGCUAGUCACAAGAAACUGAAACAAAUUUGUAACCCGGAAAACAAUGACAGUUCUAAAAGUACUGUCUCAACUAGGCUAAAUGCAUAUUGGGAAAGGAAGGAGAGAGCUGACAUUUAGACAGUAGAGUUCCUUUAAAUUUGUUCACUUCUGGGAAUCGUCGCACAGUUUAUCUUGAAAUCCGUUAAAGGGAUACUCCAGAGUGCAGUUAUUAUUUAUGGAACACCAACAUAUUCUGCAGCACUUCAUGGUUGGCUUAUAAAGUGGCAAAUAAGUGACAAAAUAAUGCAAACACAAAGAAGAGGUUCAGAGAACACUGCUCAAACAAUCUUGCAUUUUAGGAGGAAGUGUAUAAGAACAUAUUCAAGGGGACGAGAGCUCAUCAUUUAUGAAGCCUGUAGCUAAACAGGAUUUCUAAUAAAUAUUAGUUGUCAACAUUCUACUGGUAGAAAGUAAUAGCAUCAUGAACAAUAUGCUUGGUACAAAGAGGAAAUGAGGGUAGGUGUAAGGAGCAACCCCCCCGCCCCUCCCUCCCCCACAUCCAAACACCUUUUUAUUAGUGGGAUCAGAUAUGACGAGAGCAUGUGAAGCAGUUUAAAUAUCACAUACAAAUAACACAUUGAGCAAAACACUUUUAUUUUUUUACUUUUAACUUAAAAAUUAAUAAUACGCUCAGCAGAACUGGCUGUAACCUAACCUUCACAUUGCACCUACCUGGUCUCUGGAUUAACAGACUUAUGCUAAUUAACACAUCGUCAUACUAAUAUAUGGAUAAAGAGUGCUGUUUUCUCAUGUGUUUUGUUUAUUAAAUAUGCUUAUCACUAAUGAUUUGCCGGUUCUCUUACAGAAGCGGCUCCAGAAGGAACUGAUGGCUUUGCAGAAUGAGCCACCGCCUGGGAUGACUUUAAAUGAAAAGAGUGUUCAGAAUUCUAUUACACAGUAAGUAAAACAAAAUGGUUUAACAAUGCAUUUCAAACUAUUUUUGUUAAUUUAUAACAGUAAGACAGCUGUAUGUAUACACUUAAAUGGACUCUGUAGGCACUUGAACUAAUUUUAAGUUGUCUGGGUGCUGUGACCUUUUUGCAGCUCUAAGUCUGCCCUCUGUGACUGUCUAACAGACUGCCACUAGAGGGCUUGUGGACCUCCAGCGUCAGAUUUUCCCCAUAGGAAAGCAUUAAAUAAUGCUUUCCUAUGGGGAAGUCUAGUGUGUGCGGCCAUUGCCGUGCAUUAGAUCUCCCCCGCCGGCUGACGGCGGGGGAAGAGCGUGGGCAGAGCCUGACCCAGUGCCGGGGGUCAUCGGCGCUGGAUUUAGGUAAGUGGCUGAAGGGGUUAAUAAGCCCUGCCUAUUAACCCUGUAGUACCAGAAAAACAACCUUGUUUUCCUGGCACUCUAGGAUCCCUUUAGGGGUGCACUCCUUGAAACCAUAUUAUACUAAAUAUUAUUCUAUUAUAACAAUAUAUUCUAUUAAACUGGCUGUUUGUAUCGACAUAUGUGUGCAUAUGUAUGCUUUUUUUUUUUUUUUCUUAACCUCUGAAUGAACCUUCACAUCCCUGGCAAAAUGGCACAUAGUAUGUCAUAACUCUAAAUGAAUAAUACGUUUAAUGAACAAAAUAUUCCUCUGUCAGAUUCCAGUUUUAUGAAACUGGAAAAUUUUGCUCAAAAAGAGAGUAUGAUACAAAAGACAAAGCACCAGGAGCAGGUGUGGUUGUCAGGUACUGUAAGCCAUUGUAGUAUUAUAGUUUUCACAAUGCCUUGCAAGGCUUUUGGACAGGAGGAGUUAGAGGCCUCAGAUCCGGCUUGUGGGUUAGUCAGUGUGGAGAAGUCUUGUUAGUUGGACAACAGGAGGGUGGGCUGCAGCAGUAUAAGAAACAUUAGCCUUCACCCCUGCUUGCUAAAAGCAGGGCGUUAAUGCUUCCUUGGCACAGGCAUACAAAAACUGGAAAAUUUAAUGGAAUUGACAAUUGAUGGAAAGAUCUCAAUUUCUGGCGUGACAUGCAGAUGCCAGGGUCCAUAUUUAGAUUUAACAGAUUGAAUCCAUGGAUCAGUUUUACCUUUUAUCAACAGCUCAGUCUGGUGGUGGUGACAUAUUUUUGUGUGAAUAUUUUCAUGGUACACAUUAAGCCCUUUAAUAAAAACUGAGCAUUGUUUCAAUUCAACCGACCAUUUGCAUCCCUUUAUGGCCACAGCCUAUCCAUUCUUCCAGUGGUAACUUCCAAAAGGAUAACUCCCCAUGUCACAAUAUGUCAUCACAGGCUUAUUCCAUGAACAUGAUAAUGACUUCAGUGUACUCUUGUAACUUCAUCUGUCUGUAGAUCUUGAUGAAAUAUGAUGGAAAGGAGGAUUUUCAGCUUGAAUGUGUAGCUGACAAUUUAACGAUUACCAAAGCAUGAUCUUUCACUGACCUUCAAACAUGUAUUACCAAAGGCUCUCCAUUUCUAUAUCUAGAUUCCAUUUACACUUAUGCUUUUCAGGCUGAAAUGUGAAGAGAAUUCAAAUAUACUGUCCUUGUUUGUUUUUGUAUUUUUUAUUUUUUUUUCUCCCUGUUUUUUGAAUAUAUAUAUAUAUAUAUAUAUAUAUAUAUAUACACAAGACAUUUUAAGAAGUCCCAGAAUUUAACCAAAACUAUAUAAAGUCUCUGAAAGACACAUGGCAUUAAUAGGUUAAAUCUUUCUCUCUUGUCCAGCUCAAUUUAUGAAGACUGUACUCACUAUAACAAUGUCACCUCAUUGAAGUAAUUGUUAUAGUGCCUACAGUUGUUAACUUCUUAACUGACCCAGAUUACUUUAUUUUAAAAGUUGAAAAGUUUGGAAGCAUGCCUCCAAACCCUCUUUACAGGAGAGACCUCUAAACUCUCUAACCAUGCAUACUGUGAUAUCUCGUGAGCAUGUGCAGUGUAGUCAUGAUCUGCAUGCAAUGAUUCUCUAUGACAGAAUCAUUGGUGGAUUGUGGCGAGUCCUCCUCUAUGACAUCACACAACUAGGAGCUGGAGAAAAGGUUAGUACAUUCUUUCUUAUUUUGUUGUGCUCAUGGGUAGGUAGUAUGGAAAUAGGGACAGUGAUACUAUAGUGUUCAUUUAGCUGUUAUGUAAUGUGGACAUUUGUUCGGGUCCCCACCGUUGCAGAGUGCUAGUGAAACUGUUAGUAUGGGAUCCUUGUAUUAUGUAGAAGAUAGACAGUGUACAGACCUUUCACUAGCCAAACAUGUAACUGAUGUAAUGGAGUAACUGUCCUUGGUCGAGGAAGGGUAACAAUGAGAAAUAAUGUUUGUUUAUAUUUGUUUUGUACCCAAGCCAAAACUAUCCAGUCGUUUGGAGUUUGGUAGAAAAUGCCCUUUGUUUACUGUUAAUUUGAGUAAUUAUUUUCUUCCUUGCAAUGGUAUAGAGAUACGGGCACUAAUUUCAUUAACUAAAUGUGACUAGAUGUUUCUAAUACAGCCCUUAUCCAGAGCCCCUUGAUUCAAAGAAAAAAGGUAGUAUUUAUCCUAUCCUAUAUUAUAAUUCAGCCCUGUGGUCUUGCUGGGAUCACAAUGUGCGUGUUUUGUUCAUUUUACUUUUUCUGUAUGUACACGUUAUAAUGGGAAACACAAUUAUGUUUGACCCUUAAUAUAAUUAAAAUAAAAAAUCUAUUUAUUUGGAAUGGUAGACCGUUCCUUAGUAGGUUAAGAUUCAGGGACCUACUUAAAAUAAAAGAUUUUAAAAAACAUAAAACUCCUAAAUUUCACUGCUGUCAUACUUUCCUCAUCAUGACUUAUUCAGAUACUUUUUACAGAGAGACAUUGAGGACCUACUGCAUUUGUGCAUCAAUCCAAUGUCAUGGUGCCAACAAAAUGCUUUGAUUGCCAGUGCAUCUGUGUUAGUACAGAGGGACAAGUCUCUCCCAAUAUAUUCUAUGGUGAAAACUGGAGAACCACUUGAAAGCGAGUUCUCUGUCUAUUAAAUGUCACUCGUUAUCAUCACUGAGCUUUAUAUCAGCAAUUGGCUGACAGGGGGUGAGAAACCGUAAAUAAUAGAGGGUAAUCUAAAAAAAUGAUGUUUUGGGGGUUUCUGUAUCCCUCAUGGGAUUAGUCUAUGUGACAGGCUACGAUUCUCUCUAAUAAUGGCUUUUGCGAGCAAAAAUGAAGAUCUACUUUUAUGGUAACAAUCUUUUCAUCUUAUGCUCUGUGGUUUUAGCCCUUCUAUUCAUGACCAUUCUUAUUUUGUGCUCACUUUUUUCUCUUGACCUAAUAAAGUAUGUAAUCCCUUCAGCAGUCUAGUACCCAUUCCAGGCAUUGCACAGCUUCAAAGAAUACGUCUGACUGGCAACAUCAUGUAUAUAUUGCUUUUGACAAUGACCUUCCUACAUGGAUACAAUGUACUUUUUCUGAAUUUCUAAAAUAUGCAGAGCGAUAAUGCCCAUUCACUUCCAUUAUAUAAAAUUGGCUUCUUCAGAAACAGUAACACACAGAGAUUUUUCCUGGCAAUGCGGGUCCCCUCUCCCUCCCACCUCCCAUCCCCGGUUGCAGAAGGGGUGAAAACCCCUUCAGUGACUUACCAGAGGCAGCGACGAUGUCCCUCGCCUCUGCUUCUUGGUCUGCCCACGCUCCUCCCCGUCCCACGUCAUCCGGCGUGGGAGACAGAUCACGCCCGCCGGUGGAGGAGACCUAAUGCGCAUGCGCGGCAAUACCGUGCAUACACAUUAGCCCUCCUGAUAGGAAUUGAAAAUGCUUUCAGUGCUUUCCUAUGGGGAUUUUAGCGACGCUGGAGGUCCUCACACAGCAUGAGGACGUCCAGCGAUGCUAUAGCACAGACCUGUGCUAUGAAUCAAGAAGUGCCCUCUAGUGGCUGUCUAGAGGAGAUGUUAACCCUGCAAGGUAAUUAUUGCAGUUUGUAAAAACUGCAAUAAUUACACUUGCAGGGUUAAGGGUAAUGGGAGUUGGCACCCAGACCACUCCAAUGGGCAGAAGUGGUCUGGGUGCCUGGAGUGUUCCUUUAAAGGAUUUUCCUGAAUGGGUUGGUGUUACACAAUGUACACAUGUGCCCCCAGAUAGAUCGUACACUUUUCACUGUAAUAGGCAUUUUAUUGCUAUGCUCAGUGUAGUUGCUGAAACUGUUCAUAUGAAUGCUAGUUUGGGAAAAUUAGUAAUUAACCAUGGCACCUCAGAUAUUCCUGCUCAACAAAAAAAUAGUCCAACACUCUACCUUAGUAAUCACCAAUUUCUGCAUCAACAGAAUGCGUUAAAAACUUUCCAUGAAUCUUGUCAGCGAGAUCCUUCUCGCUACUUCCAUGCCCUGUUUGUCGUUGGGUUGUAUCAUCCGUGGUCCAUUUGCUUGGAACAUUUCACUGACUUAGGCUGCAUGUGCACCUUUUAACUCAUUUUACAUACUUUGCCUGACAUUGGCCAUUGAAUAUGAAGAAUUUUUAAAAAUGUUUAAAACAAACAAUAAUUAUUUGUUGCACUAAAGGCAAGGAUAUGACAUUUCUCUUUUAAAUAUUCUAAUCAAAUGUGAGUAUCCUUGUUUAUUUUUAUAUAUUGUUUGUGUAUUAAACUCCUGCAAACAGUAAUUCCUUAAUCCACCAUGACCACUACUGCUUAAAAUUGGUUACUCCAACCACUAUGACCACUUCUUUUUUUAAAAGAAGUCUUGGUGGUAGGAAUCUGCAUGUGCAUUUUGUCUGCUGGUGCCAGACGUUAUUCGCUUCUACUCUUGCAGGGAUCGUGCGUGAAAAGGGAAACGUCAAUGUCCCCUCCCUUGGUGCAUUCCCUUCCCGCCUCCCUCCAUUUACAUUUCCACUGUUAAUGUUAAUAAUAAUAAUAAUAAUAAUGAUUUCCCUGCCUUGUACACCCCCACUCCUUCCCCAGCUCAGAGUGUGUGCUUGCUAUCUGAGCGGGUGAGAACAGUCCUAUCAAAUGCUUGAGUAGGAGUGACUGUUUUGCAUUUUGGCUUUUUCUUCAAUAAUUUUUAAAGUCUGUCCGUGAUUAGAAGGAUAAACACAUUGUACUGAAUGUUUUUAUUUAUUUUUUAAUGGUAUUAACCAUUUGCACGUGGUUCUCUAGAGAAGAAUAACUGAAAUGAAAGAUAUUCUGUUCAAGGUAUUCAUUUUAUCCAUAGAAGGUCAUAAUAACAAAGCUCUCUGAGAUAUCUCUCAGGGGGGUCACCUACCCAAACUGCAUCUGUUCCUCCUUUUGCAUCCCUACCCCGGCAGAGAGCCCCUCGAGGCACUGCCCACAGGAUCACGCACGAAUGCAGAGGAUCGCUCGCCACCAGCCCUCCCGACUGACCUGGUCAGUGGAAAUACGCUGUCGGAUUUCAUACAUGCCUGGGGCUUGCCGAGAAUCCUGCUCGGGUAUUGUCCCAUAUCUGUCCGCCUGGACUUACACGAAGGCACAUCAACUCUGCCACUCGUGGUGAUAAGCUGAUCUGGGCACUGGGCCUGCUAACUGAGUUCGAGCUAGACAAAGGCAGCUGCUAUAUUUAUUUUGCAAGGAGAUUUAUCUGAAUACUUUCUUUCUUUUCUUUUUUCCUCUUUUUUUCCCCUCUUUUUUAUUACUUCUAGUGCAGUGAGGUAAAUCAUUCAUAAAUUCAGUGGUUCGUUCUCCUACUAGUAAUAUCAGUCAGCCUGUUACAUUCCUGUUUAUAUAAAACCUAGUAGGUAGUAAUUAGCAUGUUUAACACCUAGCCUGUUAAUCUACAUCCUGUCUGGAUUAGCGUGUCCUCCCACUAUAUCCUUCAGUAGCAUGUUGUUGUUUAUUACUUUAGAAAAUUGUGCCAGAAUUUUGAUUGUCACAACCUGUACAUUUGUGUAUGUCUGUAUUACUUGAUAUUGCUGUUGUGGCAUUACAAGGCAGCGUGUUAUUUUGUGCACAGCAAAAAUAAAGAAUAAAAAAAAAAAAUACAGGAACGAUAGGUUGAAAUUUAUUUUUAUUUUUUACUAACCAUGGUGUCUGGACAAUCAUUUUUAAAAUAUAGUGACUCAUGUGCAUACAUUGUUUAUGGGAGGCUAAAAGGCUAUAAAAAAUGUGAUUAUCUUUAGAGGGUGGACAGAGUACAGAAUCCGUGGAACUUUGGUCCACUAGUUAUGGUCCAAAAAGUAUUUUUGGGAAUUGUUGGUUGUUUUCGAUUUUUGAGGUUUUUUUUGUUUUUGUUUUUUUAGAUUUGUGUUGUUUAUUUGUUGUUCCAAGUUAAACUGGAGUCUGCAAGAGGAUACUAGCAAGCUUUAUCUUUCAUUUAAAAACAAUAUCUGUUCGGAUUAUAUUCUAAAAACUUUGACACUCUUCACCUCCAAUCUUGUAUUUUAUAAUUUUUAUUUUUUUUCUACUGACAUACUUCAUUACUUAACCUACUUUUUUUAAACUACUAGGUGUGUAAGCAAAUAUCAAGAUAGCUGUAGAGAAUAAUUAAGUUGUCAGUUUAAAGCUGUAAAACCUACUGUAGUGAGUAAGGCUUGUAACUUUGGAAAACUUCUAAUUACAGGUUGUCAUGGACGUAAUCCAAACUUGCACUGCCUUUCUACCUUGAUGCUUGUCUCACAAUACGUGACGUAUAGUUGCAGUGGGAAGGCUAAUCAGAUUAUAGAACAGUCAGUAUGUUUGUUAAAGGUGGAUACAUGCGGUUAUGUCGUGUUUCACUUAUGACUGACAUAAUCGAUUCCAAAAUAAUUGAUAAAUCCAUGCAGCCAACAAAAAUGAUUAUUUAGCAGUUUUGAAGGCUGUCUUGAAUUAACACUUUUAUAAUUCGUGUUAUGUAGCACACAACUGACUGACCUGGGUGUUGCAGGUGAAUUCACGUCACUGCUAGUGCAGAAAGUGUGCUUGGAUUUAAAAUAUUGAUCUUUUCAUACAGUAAAUGUUUAAUUCCUAUCUGAUAUGCUUUCCAGAGAAUAGGCUAAGCGUUCAUAACUUUUUUGAUAGGGGCUUAUAUAUUUCUGACAUUAGCAAAUUAAGCAACAUUCCUUCAUCAGACUCUUCCCUGUGUCAGUGGGUCUCCAGUGCCACAAGGGAAACAAUGCUGCUACAGCAUGUAAUUUUACUUUAAAGGGACACGAUAGUCACCAGAACAACUACAGCUUAUUGAAUUUGUUCUGGUGAGUAGAAUCAUUACCUUCAUGCUUUUUGCUAUAGACACUGUCUCUUCAGAGAAAAUGCGGUGUUUACAUUACAAGCUAGUGAUAACUUCACUGGCCACUCCUCAGAUAGCUGUUAGAGAUCCUUCCUGGGUCAUGGCUGCUAAAAAUGCAUCCAAACAUUCAGUGGCUCCUCCCUCUGCAUGCAGACACUUACCUUUCCUCAUAGAGAUUCAUUGAUUCAAUUCAUCUCUAUGAGGAGAUGCUGAUUGGCCAGGGCUGUGUUUGAAUCAUGCUGGAUCUGCCCCCUUGUCAGUCUCAGCCAAUCCUAUGGGGAUCACUGUGAUUGGAUCUGGCUACCACUUCUGAUGAUGUCAGCAGACUGCUUGUUUUUUUUUUUCUUUUUAAGCAAACCGCAUGCAGAUCUACAGCUUCUGUCUUGAAUACAGUAAGAUUUUGCUAUAUUUACAGAGGCAUGAGGGACCCAAGGGGGCUAGAUGGUGGUUUUAACACUAUAGGGUCAGGAAUACAUGUUUGUGUUCCUGACCCUAUAGUGAUCCUUUAAAGUCACCAAUCUUGAGCCACUGUAAUAGCAUGAAGCUCUGUUUUUGGGUCUCGGCCUAGUGCUUAAGAACCACAGGUUUUAGUAGCUAUCUGUCCAGACCUUGUGGUUUUUGGUAUCUCUAAUUUACAUGCUCUGUAUGAGUUUUUGUAAACUUUUUUGUUUUAACUUGCAAAUAUAGUCCAGAGAACUGUACUGUUGAAACCUAAACACAUAUUUGUGACGCAGGGUUAGGGCUACACGCAAGAAUGAUGAUGUGGGUCAUAUUAAGACAGUCAUGCCCUUGUAGAAAAAAUAAAUAUGCACAUUUUCUAACUGGGUUUGUACAUGUCUGUCUUUGGUAUGUUUUAGGUGGAUUGUAGACAUGGAAGGUGCACCGGGAACAUUAUAUGAAGGAGAAAAAUUCCAGCUUCUAUUUAAGUUCAGCAGCCGAUAUCCUUUUGAUUCUCCUCAGGUACUGUGUAGCCCAAUAUGUGAAGCACCUUAAAAUCAUUUCUUGAAUUGGGGGUGUGUGGGAGGCAUGAUAUUGGAUUUCUGGGAAAAACAAUGGAGGUCUCGUUCACUGUCAUUUUCUCUUAGCAAAAUUAAACGUUUGUGGUUUUGUUUUUUUAAUGUUUUGCUGCAAUGUUUUUGCAUUCAGAGCUAUGUCAGAUUUUUCUUCCAAAUAAUGGCCACUAAUCUUUAAUCUGUUAAAAUAAUAUUAAUGGAUAUAUAUUUUAAGAUGCUUUAUUAAAAAUAUUGGUUCAUUUCAAGUGGAACUUUUUGGUACCCCAUUGUUUAAAUGUAGGAAAUGUUUUUUAGUUCACUCUCAGCAGAAGACUUUCUCCUCUCUCCAUUCAGGGUCCAGCAAUCAUUUAUUUGUAAAAUCAAGCAGCUGCAAGUGGUGUUAAGUAGAAAUGUGUUAACCAAUACUGUAGUAGUUGAAACUAUAUCAGAUAUUUAAAGGAACGCUAUAGAGUCAGGAACACAAACAUGUAUUCCUGAACUUAUAAUGUUAAACCCACCAUUAAGGUGGCUUGCCCCUUCCUCCCCCACCUCAGCCCCCUUAGAAUAGGUGAAAAGUAACCUUAUUUCCAUCGCUGCACUGGUCCCGCCCCUGAUCCGCCUCCUUGAUGACUAAAUUGGCUAAAAUCGACAUGGGGCGGACCAAAUGCCGUUUUGGCCAAUUAGCACUUGAAUCAAUGCAUCUCUAUGAGGAAAGUUCAGCGUCCCCAUGCAGAGCGUGGAGACGCUGAAUAGCAGUGCUGCUUACUAUACAGCACUGAGCCAAGAAGCAUCUCCAGUGGCCAUCAGAGGAGUGGCCACUUGUGGUGUCCCUAGGGGAAAUGUAAACGCUGCCUUUUCCCUGAAAAGGCAGUGUUUGCAUGCGAAUGCCUGAAGGCAAUGGUUAUACUCACCAGUUAUAACCAUUAUAUACUCACUCAUUAAGUUGUAGUUGUUCUGGUGACUAUAGUGUCCCUUUAAAGAUGUAGUAGACAGAUUUUUUUUCUUUAAAUAUUCAAACUGUUGUUACCCUUUAGGGGUGUAUUCAACCAUAUUGUAGUGAAUUACAAACAAAGUUUAAAAACUUGGGGGAAAAUUCCAAAUCAAUAUGUUGGAUUUUAAAUAAAAAUCAUUUUCCUAAUCAAAUUUCAAAGAUGAUAAAAACAUGUUUUUAGAGCACUCUAGCACAAUAAAUCCUAGGGCUGAGCUAAUACCUCAAUGCAAUCCCUUAAUACUGAAAGUGGAAAUCCAUCUCACAUGACAAAUGUUAUACAUGUUUAAAAAAAAAAAAAAAACUCAAGUCAUGCAUAGGAAAUACAGUCUAGACACACAUCUGCCACUACUUUCUAUUCAAAGCAUAAUGCUUGGAGAUUUUACUUGCCUUGGAUAAUAUGUGAUGGUUAACCCAUGGCUCUACAGCUGUUGGGGAUAGCUGGCUCAGCAGCAUGGGAAUUGUCCAUAAUAGUAGUUUAACCAUUAGACGUGUAGGCAGUGUCGGUAUUAAGUGGGAGGAAUAUAGGGACAAUGCUUUUCUUUUUCCACUCUGACUAAAUAGCAUUGCACAGAACCACUGAAAGAACAAGAGAGAGAGCUCUCUGAAAGUUUUUUUUUUUUUUUUCUUAGCUUAGUAUUUUAGUUUAUCCAAAAUCCCUAUAUCUUCCCUCAGUAUAGAGCCACAAAUAAAUAAAACCAUUCAUCCGUGUGUGUUUAAAAUCAAGAUUAUCGUGUAAGCUAAAGUAGAAAUUGUAGCUAAGAAAAAAUAAACCUCAGGGUGUUUUUGUAGAUCUCUCAGGACACUGCAAAAUUCGUUAUUUUCAAAAUCUUAUGCGAAGUCUUCUGCGACCCAUAAAUAUUGAGAUGAAUGGAAAUCUGUUGUAGUUGAGUUGGAUCACCUGCAUGUAUAAACUUUAUUAGUGCUUUUUACCAUAAAUAAGUUGUGAAAAACAUAAAAAAUUAUCAUCGGAGAUCUGCUAAUAACAGUGUAAGCGUACAUUUUUGAUUCAUGACAUAUUCCUUGCUAUAGUUCCAUUUUGCAAUAUGCAUUCUUUUAAUACAUGUAAUAUUUGUUUUGUUCUUUGUAGGUUAUGUUCACUGGCGACAAUAUCCCUGUCCACCCUCAUGUUUAUAGCAAUGGUCAUAUCUGUUUAUCUAUUUUAACGGAAGAUUGGUCUCCGGCUCUGUCUGUGCAAUCUGUUUGUCUUAGCAUUAUCAGCAUGCUUUCUAGCUGCAAAGAAAAGGUAAAUGCUUUUUAUUUCCUUCCUUACAUAAAAAGGUUACUGUUACUUAGUAGCAAUGAAAAAAAAAAAGUGAACUCAAAUAACAUAUAUCAUCUUAGUAUAAACAAAUCGCAACAAGGUUAUUUACUAUAGUGAGACUAAUUUAAGGCCAGAGUAGCUGGCACAGCUGACUUAGAGAAUGUUUCCUAUUCAUCUAUUUUGACCUUAAAUUUGAAAUUCACUUUAAAGUCGCACUUUAGUGAAUAAUUUUGCAAUAAUUUAUUAUCCUGGAUUUGUUCUAGACAUCCUCAGAAAGUGAAAUGAUACAUCCCUGUAGAUGUGCAUAUGGGCAAAAAAUGUGGUGAUAAUAUAUAAAAAUGUCAAAUAGUUGGUUCAUCUUUUUUACACCUCGUGAUAGCCGUGUAUAUAUAUAUAUAUAUUUUAAGCAUUUUUUUAAUCCUAUAUUGCUAACUUCAGCAAGCUCCCUGUAUCAUGUCUGAAGUCUCAUUAAAACAGGUUUAAAAUGGAAUUUGCAAUUGCUACUUCAAAUGGUAUCCUGGAUACCGUCUGACUUUUUUAUUAAGUUCUUCCACAACUGCCUUCUCAAAGUAAGAAUGAUUUGUGUGUGCGUAUGCACAUGCAUUUGUUUGAUAUGUAAAUAAAUAUAAUUAUUUUAAUUAUAAAGACCCAUGAGUGCAAUAACUUUUGGUGGAUAUUUGAAUUUACAGUUUGAAAUUCUCCUGGGCAUUUAAUGGAGUUCCGCAUCCCAUAUGAAUUUUAUUUUACAUACAUAUCCAAAGUGUAUCAGCACUACUGACUUCUCAAUGGAUUUAUCCCUUUAUUCCAUCAUAACCAAGUUAAACAGCAGUGUUGACAUUUCAGUUCCUGAUCAGAACUUUCUUCGAUAUAUGUGCAUGGGUGUGUGUAUGUAUGUAUGUAUGUGUAUGUGUAUGUGUGUGUGUGUGUAUAUAUAUAUAUAUAUAUAUAUAUGUAUAUGUAUAUAUGUAUAUGUAUAUGUAUAUAUAUGUGUGUAUAUAUUCGUAUUGAUGGCUUAACCGUGCAUUUAAAACAUUAUAUUCUUCUUUGACCUUAUAAAUGCAGCAGGAUUAUAGAUGGCAUACAUCCCUCUUAUUUGAUUAUUUAAUCACCUUGAAUUUGUUUUAGGCAGUGAACAGUUUUUUCUUGCUUUUACUCUUUAGAUUUACGUGUGUAUUACACAAUAAUAGAUCUUCCACUAAUGGAAUAUCGUCAUUGAGCCAUUUGUAAGCGUGGUAAGGGCUGGAAUGUCAGAAAUACUACACACUUGGCAUGAGACUUGGAACCAGUGCUUCCUAGAAUCUGUAAUUAGACACACGCAUUCUGUAUGGCAGUAUUUCAGCGUGGGGGCAAUUGCAACAUACCAAGCGUAUAGAUCAUAUUAUAGGGAUAAUUGUCAUGUGAAAUAAUGGCUUUGUUACACUAUGCAGAUGUGACUUGUUUGUCCGAACACGUAAAGGAAAAAUGAGUGGGGGCGUGGCCUAACUGUGCAGCAGUGCAGACGCACAAACCGAGAGCUCCUGGGCCUCAGACCAAUUACUGGCUAAAAUCGGGGGCAAACUAAGUAAUCCUGAUCCCCAAUUCAUCACAACUUGAUCGGCAGACAUUGAUGAACAGGGGGAUACCUCACACGCCCAGAAAUAACGCCGGAAUGACCAAGCUGAGGCUUGGGGCCUAUACCAAGCAGGGCAAUGGAGAGGCGGCCGCUCUCCCAGCCCAUAACCGCAUGCAGCACCCGCAGCAAAGGCUACCCCCCCCCCCCUUGGGACCGGUGGGGGUUAUCCCGGUCCCAAUCACCUCGACGGGCAAGCCCCAGUGGACCCUAAAAGCGGACACCGACCCCAUCCACGCACCGAACUUGCAUGCAGCCCGCCAUGUCAAAAUGGCAGACACGCAGCCUCGGGCCUCCACCACUAAGCCCCAACACAAGCGACUCCCUCACUACCCGCCUAGACGGGCUGUUUGAGGCCUUCUGGGCAAAGAUCGCGGCCCGACAUAAGGAAGAGCGAUCCAAGCUGCUAGAGAUCGGAGGUACGGAGGGCCAACAAGGCGACACAGUUUGGAGUGGGACCAGACUGCCUUUGGGCAAAGCCAUGAAAACUCAGUCCAAGAAUCUCCACACCAGCCCAUCUGGGCCCAGGGCCAACAGGGGAUUAACCCCGAUGCAUCAACCACGUAGGCAGAGUUCCACCCGACGGCGGCAUACCACCAACCCCAGGAACUCCAGACCUACCCCGAAAAGGAAGGACUUGGCCUUCAAUAGUCCCCGAGUCCGUGGCUACAAGAUGCCGGCCCUGAUACAGGCCCGGAGCGAGAAGGCACCUCUGGUUAGCUCCUGGCCGACCGCCAACCUCUACACUACCCCACGCAAGCCCCAGAGGGCACAGCAGCGCGCACCCGUGGCGAAAGCUCUACCAGCACGCAAGCAACAGAGCCCAACGAAGCCACCAGCAGCACGGAGAUGGGAAAUAUCAAAGGACAAACCUCAGCCCUGCAUCAAACCUUGCAAGCCGUGGAGAGUCGGGUCCCUGACCACAAAUCAGCACAGCCUCAAACCUGGGACACAAACUGGUAACAACGUACCCUUCCUAACCAGCGUCUGGAAACACCAUAGCAGGAUAGCAGAGCAGCUGGAUUCCGGUAAACGACCGCUAAGCGGCAUCGGUUGACUGAGCCUGGCAAUACCAAGCAGCGCAGAGCCUGGGCCGCUUUUAUCAUAUAUUUUUUCUUUUUUCGCUUCUCAAAUUUAAACUGGCCCACCGCUGAUUGACUCUGAGUUGCAUGACUGCGCUGACUUAUUCUUCUGAUUAUAAUUAUUGUUUUUAUUUGAAUUGUCUAGGCCUCACGUAAAUAUCCAGUGACUGCCACACGCCCGCUGGGAACGUGCUUUUAGCUAACUGGGGGGCCCCCUAGGGGUUAAACUCGUAGAAAAGACAUCUGUUUCACUCUCCUUGUAAAAUACUCGUGCCACAGAAAUCCCUGGGUUAAGCUUGUAUACUCUACCUUUUAUUAACAUAGGGUUUCUAGCCUGUAUUUUUCUAAGUCUUACAACACAAUCUAUGAUUUAGCCUGUUUCUUUAUACUAAAAAAGUGCAACUGUUUUAAAUGUCAUGGCAAUAUAUGUAAAUGUUUGACCAUAAUAAGCCCGCGGAUGCUGUCGUGGCUAUGUGAGCUUGUAUGUUAUUCUUUUACUGCACACUAAAAUAAAGAUUUAAAAAAAAAAAAAUUAAAAAAAGGAAAAAUGAGUCUGAAAAUACGUAUACGUUUAAUGCAUAUUAUUAUUGCAUAACUAAAAUUUUCACAAAUAUAUUUAUAUUUCACAUAAGCUUUUUAUCAAGUGGUUGCCUCCAUAUCCCACUAAAUCCAAUGUGUAUAUCACUUCACACUAGCCUCAGCCAGAAUCUCGCUGACCAUGUGGAGUUUUAGUCCAGCAAGAGCAAAGAAUGUCUUGCACUCAAUCUGAUGGGACAGAGAUUCCCAACAAGAGUGGCUCUUUCCCCUCCUUCGAAGGAAGGGCAGAGGCCUUUAUCAGGUAGUUAGAAAGUACUUGACAGCUAGGGAGCUAGAGUUGUGACACUGUGUCUUCUGCGAUAGCAUGCAGUGUGUGCUGACAUCUGACACAGUACUUUCACAAAACUGAAAUUGCCAGCCAGCAAGAGAAUAUUCCAGCUGGCUGUUUGACAGCCUAUAUUUAAAAAAUCUUUUUAUCCCUGGAAUAAACCUAUUAAAAGAGAGAAAUACAGGGUCUUUGCACUAUAACCACAUACAUAAGAUGAAGUGGUUAUGGUUCUCAGAGCAACAUUUUCAUUUGAAUCACAGUUGAGUUAUUUGCUUUUAUAAUAUAUAUGAUGUGGUUAAUAAUCACAUUUGUCUGGCGUGAUUGUGUAAUAACUGGGCGUUUGAGCCCAUGCCCUCUACUGCUUAUGCUGUACAUCACUUCAAUGUCAAAAUGGAAUGCAUACAUAAAACACAUGCACCAUUGAAUGCAUCCUUUUAUACAUAUGAUGCACUUUUAAGGCAAUUGAAAUUCACCAACUCUUUUACUGCAAACGUCUGUGUUAAAAAAAAAAAAAAAAGUGGGGGAGGGAGAGAGUAUGCCACUUAUUUUAUGCAUUAACGCCUUAAGGCCCAAACUUCUGGAAUAAAAGGGAAUCAGGACAUGUCAUGUGUCCUUAAGGGGUUCAUUGCUAAUCUGGUAACCCUAAAAGAUGUAAUGUUUCCUAUUGAUAAACUGACUUUAUUUUUUAAUCCAUUGUAGUAGUAAUUAUCUUUUAUCCCUCAAAACUCAUCGGCACUUUAUACUUUUAGUCAUGUGUAAUCAAACACCUACACAGAAACUUAUUUGAUCUUCCCCGUGCCUUCAAGCACUAAUGAGCAGUGUGCAAUAAUGAAAACCCUGGAAACUUAAAUGUUAACCUAAAUACCAAUUAUUAACAAAACAAAAAAACUAUAUAUAUUUUAUUACAUUUUCUCUUACACCUCACUAGUGCCUGGCCUCAUUCCAGUUUUAUCUUUACCGAAUAUAUAGAAAUGUUUAUUUUGGAUUAAGCACUUGAGCAGUUAUUUAUAAUCUGCGAUUGUGAGGCAUUCACACAUGGACAAGAACAAUUGCGUAUAAAUUGAAGAAUUGUGAACCAAUGGAAGCCGUGGUGUGGCGGUCACUAAAGAAUGUAUUCGGGAUGGUUUCAUAGCUGUAUUUCACUGCGGGAAAGAAUAAUCUAAAUCUACCAUGUAAUACUUUAGUAUAUUGAAUCCCUGAAAGUCUUGUCUAAGACUAUUGAAUGUCUGAUUGUCUUGUCUAAGCAGGUGGGCCAAUUUCCCUGCAAGAUAUCUUGCCAUUGAUCCAUCUAGAAAAGCUAUUGUUGUGAACUGUAUUUUGGAUAUUCUAAGUAAUAAUGUUAGUGUGACAUUUUAUUAGGCAUUUAUUGCUACAUCUUAAAUGGAUUCAAAAGCUUUUUUUAUUUUUUUAUUAAAAAGCAGUUAAAUGAUAAAUUUUUUUUACUUUAGUUAUGCUUUUCACAUUCACUCCAGGGGGGACGCUGAUCUAACUAAUCAGUGUCCUAUCCCUAGGAAUGCUGGAAAAGUGCAUUGAGCAUGCCUGACAGAUUUACCCAUGUGCAGUUGGAAGAUCUCUUCACCUUACAACAUCUGACGGGGGGGGGGAGGGGGAGACAGAACUUAAUAUGAAUGUAGGCUCUGAUGUUUCGAUUUCUCUGUUCUGUUGCUGUACAAUAAUGCCCCAUUUCUAUCAUUAGUAGACUGGUCUGAAACAGAGAGGGGUGGCUAAAAGGGGAGGGGUUAAGACUGCAGAAACUCCCCUAGCUGCGAGACACGUCCAACAAUGCAAUCUGACAAGGUUUAUAGUACGUUUAUAAACAUUUAUUGCAUACUUUUCAAAGUUUUUAUUGCUUUAUUUUGGAUUGUAUAUUUGUUUAAAAGUGUUUGCUUGCCGGUUUAACCCCUUAAGGACACAUGACAUGUGUGACAUGUCAUGAUUCCCUUUAAUUCCAGAAGUUUGGUCCUUGAGGGGUUAAAGAAAAUAAUUGUCAAGUAAUGCAUAUCCCUUUAAGUAUAUAAUUGUUUUGUCUUGGAUAUCCUUUUUUGAUGAUGUGAAUCAAUAUAAUUGAAUCUAUUGUUUUAUUUCCCUUAAUUAGAGGCGACCUCCAGAUAACUCAUUUUAUGUAAGAACGUGCAACAAAAAUCCAAAGAAAACUAAAUGGUGGUAUCAUGGUGAGUAAUGCUUGUUUGCCGAGCAAUGUUUCAGCAGAGUAUACCUGACAUACUUCUUUUAGACCAUGUAUUUAUUUAUUUUCCAUCUCUUUUCAUGCAAGCAAAGAUUGACAGCCCCUGUUACUUGUAAUAUUGAAUAACCAAUUAGUCUUUUCUAACCUUGGCUUUCUUUUCAUUUGGGCAUAUUGAACAGUUUUUAAUCCACUCAUAGGUGAGACUUAACAGGUAUUACCUGUUGAAUAUGGUAAUAUACACUGCUUUAUUGGCAUGUUAUGCUAUUCAAGAAGUACUGCCUAGAAAUGGCUUAUUGGACUGCUCAGAUCUAGCAUUUAACCACAAAGACAUACAAUUGUAAUCAAAAUCAUUCAACCCCCUUUGAAAAUCAGGUUUAUUGUCAAAAUGUACAGGCUUUCAGCGGUUUGUAAUGAACAAGUCAAAUAAAAGCAAUUGAAAUGGUCUAACACAACGAAUGUUUCAAGUAGUUUCACUAAAUUGAACUGCAGCACAGAAAGUAGUUUGGGUCCUAAAAGUCUACAUCUUAUACUUAGGAUACUAUAGGCAUCAAAACAACUUUAGCUUAAUGAAACAGUUUUGGUGUAUAUCAUGCCCCUGCAAUCUCAUAGCGCUAUUGUAUGCCAUUUAGGAGUUAAAUCACGUUCAUUUUCUCCCUAGACACAACUCCCCUGAUGUUAACUUUAAAAGUUUUUAUCUCCUGCUCUGUAAAUGAAAUUUUAAUGACCCACAGGAGGCUUCUGCAGAGUCUAGAAAGCUAUUAACUGAGCAGGAGAUAUGAAAUUCUAAAUUAAACAGAAUAUGCCAGUGGUUCCCAAACUUUUUAGGUUCAAGGCAUCCUUAAUAUUUCAGUAUUUUUCCAAGGCACCCCAAGUCACAAUUUCUAGGUUGUAUAUCUGUACAGUGCUGCGGCAUUUACUGGCGCUAUAGUGUAAUGUACAGCGUUGGUGUUUGAAGGGAUGCUUGUAAAUAGUUAUUGUGUUUUAAUACAGGGGGGUGUUUGUAUGUAAUGUUUGCGUUUUGAUUGCAGGGGUGUGUCUGCAUGUAAUGUUCACUUUUAAAUGCGGAUGUACAUUUGUAUGAAGUAUUUGUGUUUGAGUGAAGGGGUGUGUGUAUAUUUUUUGGAGUUUGAAUAAGGGGUGUGUUUGUAUGCAAUAUUUGUGUUAGAUUGCAGGAGUGUGCUUGCAUGUUGUGCUGGUGUUUGACUGCUUGGAUGUAUGCACAUACAUACACAGAUACACAGAUAUUCAUGCACAUUAACACACAGAUACAUAUAAAUACACCGGCAUAUAGACACAUACACACACAUGGAUACACACCAACCUAUACACACAUGAACCCUGACACACACAAACAUUGAUACUUGCGCACACCAUGACAGAUACACACUGACCUAAAAACACACAUCCCUGACACAGAUGCACAUACACAGAUGUGUGCACACACACAGAAUCACACUGACAUAUACAAACACUCCUACACACACACUCCUGCACGCACUCACACAUACAAUAUUUUUUUAUAUAUCCAGCCACCCUCCUGUUGGCUUACUUUAUGUGUCCAGGAGGGUGGCUUGGAGUCCUGCUGUUGCUGCUGGGAGUGAGGGGUCUGGAGCAGUUCCUGCAGUGGUCCUCUCCCCUCACGCUGCGGCUGCCUCCUCUACCUCCCGCGCUCUCUCCCUGCAUGAUGCUGGGAGGAGGUGACAGACGGUCACUUCCUCCCAGCCGGCAGACAUUUCAGGGGCCCGGUCGCGGUCUUAAACAACCGCGGCACUUAACCGGUCUCUGUUGAGCAGUAAUGUUUCCCCAAUGCUAUAAUCACUGUGCCUGUCGUGGAUGGAAACCGCUGGAAUAUGCAAUAAAGGAAGUUUAAACAUUAGAUCUUACAUUACAGGAAGUGUUUAGGAAGAUUGUGCACAUUAUAUUCAGGGAGGUGUGACUAGAGCUGCAUAAACAAAGUGAUUUAAAUGGAUGCUAUAGUCACCAGAACAAUUACAACUUAUUGUAUUUGUUCUGUUGAGUUUAAUCGUUCCCUUCAGGCUUUUUGUAGUGCAGCACUGCCAUUCAGUGUCUUCACCCUCUGCAUGGAGACACUGAAUUUACCUCAUAGAUGCCUGUAGUGUGCCUUUAAUGAUAUAGUAUGAAUAUAUACAUAAUGAUAUUGUGUUAUCUUUACUUGGACUAGAAAGGAUUGUGACUUCAUAAAUUGAGUUAUUCCUCAAGCCCUUUUUAGUCCAUAGAUAAAUUGUACUAGAUGAUGUAACAUCCAUAAGCUUUUAACAUAAUGCUACUCAUUUUAGCUUCUUUGUUUCCCCUUCUACCUCCUUGUUGUUUGCAUAAUAUUAAAGGUCACAGAUAUUGGUUUCUGCUAUUAAUUCAUACUCAUUUGCCAACAGAGGCGGCUCUCUAAUUAGGUGAUUUAGGCAGCUGUCUUAGGCCUUGCACUGAUUGGGGCCUCUACUUAGGGCAGAGUGACAUGUUGGGUCUUUGGUCUCCGACCGAGCAACCGACACAGGAGGGGGGCCGGCGGCUUGCCCAUUAUGCUGCUGGGUACGAGGCCCCUCCAGUCAGUCUGCCCUGACUGAGAGCCAGCCCCCGGGUCUGCAGCUCUGUCGGACCUCGUGAUCUCCAGUGUAUCAGAGCGUUUCCGCCGGUUACCAUGGCAACGCUCUUACGUCUGGAGAUCUCGAGACGUACCAUGUGGUCUGCAGCUCUGCACCCGGCGAAGCUGCAGGCCAGAGGACAAAGACACUGGGCCACCAGGGAAUAAUUAAAUUAAUAAAAGGUAUUUAUAAGCCCCUACUACCCUCUCUGCCCCCCUACCCUGUCACAGCCCCCCUUCCCUCUCUCUGCUCCUCUGAAAGCCUCUGGACAAUGAAUAGAGAUUAGCUCUCUGUAUCCAGCGCUGCAAGCCUGUUUUUCAAUAUAACUACAGCACCUUAUACACACAACGAACCCCUAUUUAUUUUCAUUUUGGGUAUUAGUUGGGACUUCAUGUUUCUGUUUCGCCUAAAGCCUCACAAAGUCUAGAGCCGCCACUGUUUGCCAAUUCCCCCAGUAAGAGAGAGGAAAAAAAAGUCAGUUAAAAUUCUGAAUCCAGGUGUACUAGUUUAAAGGAACACAUUAAUGUUUAGAAUACAAUGUGUAUUUCCAACUUUAGUGUGUUAUAGAUUUUUAGAUAUUAGGGACCCUUUAAUGAGUAAAAAUAAAGAGAUUAUAAACCUUUAUAAAGUUCCCUGGUGUGCACUGGUCUCGCCAUGGCCGACGCUCCUUCACUACAGAUGAUCUCAGCAAAUCCAAUGCUUCCCCAUAUAGGAGGUUUUUUGGGGCUAGUAUGUCAGCUUUUACAUAGCGUGAAGACAUAGAACAUCGGGACUGCAAUAGGAAGGGUGUCUACUGGAUGUCUGAGUGGCAGCAACUUAAGCUGGCCUUGGAGACAAAUGUAAACACUGUCUUCUCAGAAAAGACAGUGUUGACAAUUAUCAGUGUGUUUGAACAUGCAAUUUAGACCUGUUAAAGUGGAUUUGUCAUGUGCUAAUUAUAUGGACUAUAUCUUGAUUAUACAAUAUAUACCUAUCCAAAGGUGUAAUCCAUAUGAUUUGCACAUAUAUAGUAUUCAUCUGUAUCAUAACAGUUUACAAGUUGCAUCCUUCACCUGAACAUUUUAUGUAUUUACUGACAUCUAUAUAUAGAUUAAGUGUGUACCUAAAACUGAAGUGGAUCUGGUGAUUCACAUUAUUUAAUUAAAAAAAAUUUUUUUCUUCUCUGUUUUCUCAGUUUACAUUAUCAAGUUCCUGUACUAUAAAUGCUGAUAUAAUCUAUUAUUUUUUCUCUUUGUACAGAUGAUACAUGUUGAUGCUACAGUGCAGAUCCCUCUAGAAGAAGCUAGUCCUACUGAGUAAAUGAGCACUUUGAUCCUUUGAGUCUUUGAACUUUAACCUUUUGAAUAGAGGUGAUUUAAACACGAUGAAGACUACUUCCUUUUUACUGCAUUUUACUAGUGUGCAUUGUGGGCGCAUGUUGAUAGCUGCUUCAGCACAUGCAGCUGACAUGCUUUAUUAGUCAUACUGGAUUAAUGCAGGCGUCAGGAUGAAAUUCCAUUUUCCUUUUUUUUUUCUCUUAUGCUUUCCAAGAUCUCUCAGGUCCUCAUGUAUUGUGCAAUAACAAUGAUAAAUGCAUGAUAGGGCCUACUGGAUAUGUUUACCAAAUGCAGUGGGAUAAGGAGGAACCUUUCCAACAAUCUAUUACCACCCAUAUCAUCAGGAUACUAUGCACUGUGAUCGUGAAAUUGGCAGCAUGGCUCAACAUGCUCGAAUGAAGCACCGUGAAACAGGAACUUUGUUUAUUUUUAACUUGUUUCCUUUGUCAGAUCGUUUGUGACUGGUUCCUGGUGAUUGUAAUGGACUGGUACAAUAUCUCAUGCCUGCAUAAAUGAGAAGUUGUAUAUAGCUACUGAUAGAUCUAGAAUACAGCCCAACAGAGAUGGUAGAGUUUAGGUGACUGUAUCAGAGCUUUAUAUCAAAAGAUUGUGACCUUAGCAGCUGCAGUCUUUACAUAGGAUCAGUUUUUGGCAACAUCUGAGCGGCUUAUUUCUAUAGACUCAGAUUUCUAAGAUGAUCGGCCUUGUUAGACUGAUCCUUUAGAUAGCGGCAGUCUCCUGCAGCUGGAUUGCACGAAGUUGCUUAUGUUUGCCAAGAACUGAAUAUCACAAUAGAUGAGCUUAUUUCUUAUACAACCUUUCUAGUUUAAAUGUCUCUGGUCAUCAGCUUACGCCUUUCUUAACUUCAUUUAUUUGUGCUACAAAAAAAAGAAAUGCCACAUUUUGUGUCACUUUUUUGUUUGAUUAUUUUGUCUUGUUUAAAAUACAAAACCAUAUUUAAAAAAACAGAAUGUUUUCAAGCAUUUUUCGUUACAUUUCUCUUGAUACCUGCAGGUAACUGUAUCGUCGAUAAAGGAGUGCAAGCUUAUACAAUAUGAGUAAAAGUAUAUUUUCUUAACCCAUUCUGCUCAUAGCGACAGCAUUUCCAAAAAGAACCCACUCCUCCUGUUUUUUUUUUUUCCCGUGGACUGGUUACAAUUUUUUUUCUAUACUGAAACACAAUUGUCUAAAAGCAGUUCUAAUAAAUAUCUUUAUUUUUAUGUUAUUUAUUGCCACAUUGUAGUUGACUGUCUUUUAUAGAAUACAUUUAGUUGAAAAAGCCACAUUCUUCUAUUCAUUGUAUUUAUUUUGAUGGUUGAUGGAACUAAAUAUCAUUGAGCACCUAACAAACAUUUCUCUGUGUCUAUUCACAGUCUAAUUUGGAUUUUGGUGUGUUUAUUACUCCCCCUGUUAUGUAUAAAAUGCUCUAACUAGCAACCACUUUUUCAGUUUCCUGAACUCUGAGAUAUGAUCGGUAAUCUCUAAUUGUUAUAAGUCUGAUUUUCUUUUAAAAUUGAGGUGUCAAGUCUGAGAAAAUAUUUUUUAUAUUAAAUCCAGCAAAUAUAUAAAGUCAUGUUAGUGCCUCACACUAGACAAUAUAAUUGCCCUGGUGCAAAUCCGUGCAAGAGCGCCCUCAAAGGACUUUAUCAAGAUUAGAAUUGCAUCGAUAUUUUUGUAAGGAGACAGAAAUACAGCAAACUAUUAAUGUUUAUGUUUCAGUCCUAACACAGGAGCUCUUCUCUUGUCUUGUGAUAUGGCAAAAACAUUGAUAUAUCUGCUUAAAAACAAUAGGGCAACAAUGCUCCUCUUAAUAAAGUCCCUGAAGUGCUGUGUUUCGUGCAUGUGUUUGUAUGUAUAUUCUGAUGUACUGAAACAAUAAGACUGUACUUUUACAUCACAAAUGCUGUCUAAAGAAGCACUAAGCAUUUCAUGCAAGUGGCCUUUUGCUAUGAGUGUAAUGACCUUGCAUGUCUACAAGGUGUAGUUGGAGAAAGGAGCUUAAUUUGUAUGAAAUGCCCAGUUUGACUUUUCAGAAGGUAGCUGUGAUGCCAGUGUGUGGUUUUAAAUGAACAUUCAGGCACUAUAACCACUCUGGCUCACUGUAGUGGAUAUAGUGCCAGGAGUGCCCUGUCGACCCACAUUGUAGGAUAUCAAACUUUAAAAAGGGUUGAAGUUCUUACCUGGGGUCCACCAGCCUAUGCCCCCUGCAUUCACCACCAUGGCAGGAGCAACAGAAGUUACAACAGCUCUCCAGAACUAAUGCAGGGCUUAGCUCACGGGUUGAGAGCGACUGCUGAAAAUGGUUUGACUCAGCGGGCUCUAAUGCACUACUGGUGUCAUAACCACUACACUUAAUUAAAUAGAACAGUAUUUUUAUUUUAGAUUUUGCUGGAUUCAGAAUUGUCAGGUAGGAUACCAUUCUAUCCUAAAUGUUGCCCAAUAAUCCUUACCCUAAUUUCCCCAAGUCUUGCCAAUUUAACUCCUUACCUAUCCAGUUAUAAGAAUACUACAUUGAUUACUAUGACCAAACUUCUUUGUCAACAGGACUGCAACCCUCACCAUUCGCACCACUGUUGAUAGAUGUUAAAAGAGAGAACAUGCAUGUAAAUAAUUCACCUGUAAAAAUAUAUAUAUAUUUAUUACCUAUGGUGUCAAUUCUAAUACAAACCCCAAAAUGUUAUGUCCAUUAGACCCUCUGUGUGGACAGAAUCCUUUAUCCAAAACGCUCCAUGGGUUUUUGCUGCUAUAUAUCCAGACACCUGAAUGUGACCAAUACUGUGCUGGCUCUUAUCGUUGCAAAUUAUAUUUAUGGUAUGAGACAUAGACAUGAUUGCAAUCCCUCGUUACAUUUUAUUUUGUUAAAGGGAAAGAUAUCUAAUUGUGAAGGAUAUGGACUGUCGUUUAGACAUCAACCCCUGUUCUAUACAUGCAUUAUUUCUUUAUCCUUAAAGUCUAAUGGUACUGACUGAAUUUUAUACAUUUGUUGGUCAAAUAAAUUCUUAUGUUACAAAAUAAAUCAAAUUGUUGCAUUAUCUCAUGAAUGCAGAUUUACAUAUUUUUGCCUUUAAACAUCAAGUACUGGAUAUAUUGAACCAGUGUGAUACAAUUUCUCUGUAUCUUUGUAAGAGGUGCAGCUACCUCUUACAACAAAUGCAGCUUCGACAGAAUUAUAGUUAUACAUUUAAUGAUUUUGUUGGUUGCAGCGUUGUACUGUAUAGCCAUUUGCAAUAUAUAAGUCUAAGUUUGUCAUAACUCAUGCACUUAAAGGGCUGAAGUUGUCACUCUAUGGAAAAUGGAUGAACAAUGCAAAAAUAAAAUGUUAUCCACCUUUGAAA